UAAAACCUACCCAACACAGCCCAUGUCCAUCUUUAGUUGCCCGGACCUUAAUUAUGACUCUAUGAGUAGAACACAAUUUCAACUACUCCGCGAAACCUUUAAUCCUUUAAAUACUCCUCCCCCUUUUCUGCCCUAUAACUAUCUCUGAUUCAUUCUUUUUCCCCAACCAUCACCGGAGCUCUAGAAAUGUCAAUUUCCAAUCACAUUAUACCGUCGAGUUUUACGGCCACCAAAUUAUCAGCUACCAUUUUACACCACCGCAAUCAAACACCGGUCCAAUCAGUUUCAACUGUUGUUUGCUGUCUACGGAAUCCUCCGGUUCAUGCAACGGAAGCCAAUGGUCAUCUGCCGUUGGAUUGAGCCUCAAAGUCAACGGCGAUAGUCUUAGCUCUCAAAUUCAAGCCUAUUAUGAAACGCUCGUAUCGUUGAAGUGCGAAAAUGGUUUAUCAAGGAAUUCAAAAUUUGCCCACACAUCUGAAGUGAGCUUUCGUUGGCGCUUGAAAUGAAUUCCAGGCUUAUUCAGCGAGGUGACAUUAGAGGUUUUCUUCUUUGAUUCCGUUUGAUGAGAAUCAGAAACUUCAUCAUCUGAAUCAGAAUCCGGAAGAUCAAUGGGUUCAUCAGGAUUAGGGCUAUUAGCCAUCUGUGAAUAAAUUAAAAAAAGAAUUACACUCAUAUCCGAAGUAUAAACAUGAAAAACAGAAGUAUAAACUCAUGAGUCAUGACAUAAAGAAUCAAACUCAUGAAAUUGCAGAGUAAGAAAAUCAAAUCAGGGCAAAAAAUCGCAUAAACAAAUCGCAAAUAAUCGCAAAAUAAGUAAAUAACAAAUCAAAUCUUCGAAAGAAAUUGCAGAGUAAGAAAAUAACAAACGAACAACAUUAAAUGAUUAAAUCACAUAAACAAAGCAUACAUAAACCAUAAUAGCAAAAAAUCGCUUAAAAAAUCAAAGAAAUCUGAAAAUUGCAUAACCAAAUCAAGGAAAUUGCAUAAACAAAUGACUCAUGAGCAAACAAACUCAUAAAAAAUCGAAUAAUAGGAUUAUUACCUUCAGAAUGUUUGAGAUGAAGCUUCAAUCUUCAAGGUUCAAGAAUUUUUAUUUCAAUCUUCAAGAGUUAGAGAGAGAAAAGAGAGGAGAGAAGAGAGAGAAACUGAGAAGAGAGAGAGUUUGAGUGAAAGUCUGAAAGAAAGCGGCGAGUGAAAGAGGAAAAGCUUAGGGUUAGAUAAUUUGGGCUUGGCCCAUAUUUUUAAAUUAGGGUUUUAAGUUAAGCGGGUUGGGUUCGGGUUGACCCGACCUGAAACCGACCCAAUUAAAUAAACGGGUUUAUGCGGGUUGGUUUCGGGUUGGGAUUUUCAACCUGAACCCGACCCAUUUAACUUCAGGUCGGGUUCGGGUUGACCCAAUUACAUAAACGGGUUGAAAAUCUCUAUCAAAACCCAUUUAUUUCGGGUUGGGUUCGGGUCGGGUUGUCGGGUCGGGUCAGCUUUUGCCAGCCCUAUGGAGAUGGAGAACUAUUCAACAUGUUGGGUUUAUAUCAAAUAGGUUAAUAGUAAUCAUCGGGCAUCCUACAAAAAAAAAAAAAAAAAAUAGUGGUAAGUUCAAAAUAUUGCAUAUAGCGAGAAAUAGAGAAAAUAUUAAUCAACCAACUACAAAAACAUAUCAAACAUAGACAAACCACUAUCUAACCAAUAAUGUUAACAACAACAAUUAUGACAAAAUGACAAAUGUAUAGUCACAUCCCUCAUCUUACAAUAAAGAAAUAUUUAUGUACAUACACUAACAUGAUUGAUGAAGAAAUAUUUAUAUACAUUGACAUGAUUCUCAUGAAAAUUCUUGUCGAGUUUUCACCCACUCAAUUAUAAUGCAUCGACCAUAAAUAUAAAAUUGCAAACCAAAGAGACAAUUAAAGAGAGCAUUAAUUAAGCUUCAAACCACAAAUAAUUUUUAAAAAAUGGCACAAGUGAAGUUGGUCUCAGAAUGCUUCAUCAAGCCAAAUCUUGAGGCAGUUAGUGAAGCCUCAAAGAAACCUUACAACUUAAGUCCUAUGGACAUUGACACAUUAUGUGCUAACUACAUGCAAAAAGGUCUCAUGUACACCAAAUCUUAUGAUGCUGGUUUUCAAACUGAGGUUUUCCUGUUGAAACUUAAACACUCCUUUUCUCUUUCUCUCGUCCAUUUCUACCCACUAGCUGGCCGUUUCGCUACCCAAACUUUCCCAGAUGAGCAUGCUUGUUGCAUUUUUCUUGAUUGUGUCAACAGCCCUGGUGCUAGAUUUAUCCAUGCUUCCCUAGACUCCACUGUAUCUGAUGUUCUCUCUGGCACCGACGUCCACCCUGCUUUCAGAUCCUUUUAUGAUCUUGGUGAGAGGGCAAUUAAUUAUGAUGGCCACACCAAUGCUCUGUUAUCACUUCAGGUGACAGAGCUUGUAGAUGGAAUAUUUAUUGGAUUUUCCUUCAGCCAUUCAAUAGGGGAUGGCACUUCCCUUGAACAUUUUAUCACCACCUUGUCAGAGAUUUUCAAUUCUGUUGGUAAUAGCCUGCAAAAUUGGGAAAAACUAACCUAUGUCCCCAUCUCUAGGGAACCAAUCUUCGAACCCUUCUUUCCUGACGGAUAUGGCCCAGUUCUUAAGCUACCAUAUGUUGAACCAUCUGAGUUCUUGUCCAGGGAAAAUCCUGCCUCAAUUAGAGAGAAAAUCUUUCAGUUUUCACGUGUGUCAAUGUCAAGGCUUAAAGCCAUGGCGAACAACGGCGUACCUAAUGAUGGAAACCGUAAUAAUGAAAUAUCCUCUUUCCAAGCGCUGUCAGGGCUUAUAUGGAGGGCUAUAACCCGAGCUCGGAAACUAGAACCUGAAAUGGAGACUAACUGUUCCCUUACCAUGAACUUGAGGCCUCGUUUGAUUCCUCCACUUUCACAAGAAUACUUUGGGAAUUAUUUCUCAAGGAUUAGGGCCAGUUGCAAAGUUGGAGAGCUCUUAAACACUGGCUUAGGCUGGGGUUCAUUGUUGCUUCAUGCAAGUCUAAAAAACGUGGAUGACAAAGCAAUUAUUGAAUCGUUUAGGAAGUAUUGUGAAGCUCCAAUUAUAGGCCAACUUGCUAAUGAUUCCGCGUUCUUUGGGGUUAAUUUUGUUAAGAUUGUUGGGUCGCAUAGGUCCAAUUUGUUUGGGACUGAAUUUGGGAUGGGGAGACCUGUAGCUAUUCGUACCGGAAAUGUCAAUGAAGUUGAAGGAAGAGUGUCUGUUAGUCAAGGAAGUGAAGGGGCAGGGAGCGUUGAUCUAGAGGUUUCCCUUGCGCCUUCAACUAUGACUGCUCUUGAAAUGGAUGAAGAGUUUAUGAGUUUUGUUACACUAGGUUAACUCUUCAAAGAUCUAGCGUUACGUGUUACUGUGUUAGGAUGCAAGGCCAACAAGUCUUUUAUGCAUCCGACACAUGAUUGUUGCGCAGUGAUUAGAGUCCGGAGUCUGCUGUGUGGGCUGGAGAGUGCUAUGAUCCACUGAUCCUAUAGUAUUGUGUUUGCUACUACCUACUGGGUAGUUUCUUGUGGGUUACAAGACUUGCAACUCUAGCAAGUAUAGUAGCAAGUUUAAUAAUUAGUCAAGGUUAGCGAAAUUUGACCAGAAUAUCUUAUGGAAGCUAAUCUUAGACCGAAUGAGUAUUUGUUUAUAAUAUCAAUAUCUUUACAGUAUUGUAUCAUGGAGUAGAAAGAAGGUUGAAAAGAGCUGGUUAAUUAACUAAAGUGGAAUUGUCAAUAAUGCAAUUGUACAGAAAAAGUUUAUGAAUGUUGCACUUCAAUCAUCUUUGAGUAGUAGUUGGAGUGGUUAAGCCGGAUAAUAGCUAAUAUGAGCCUUAUUACUUCUUGCGUUUCAAAAUGCAUUAUGGAUGAUGUCUUUUUUUUUGUUUGUUUUUA